CUAAAAUCAAUUAAUUGAAAUCCAAAAUCAAUUUUUGCAACGGCAGAGAACCAAACGUGCUUCUCAUCUCCACUGAACAGAGCCGCUAUCUGCCGCCACCACCACCACCACCACCGUCUUCUCUCCCUUUCUAUUCGAACACGAUUUCAGAUUUCUUGAAUUUGUGAGUACAUUUGCGGACCAAGACACUCGGUUUUCGAACAAGUAAGCGGAGCUAAGUUUGCACAGGAAUUGGAGAAUUGGAGCAUCUGGUUUGUUUCCUUGAUUAUUUUUUGGUUUCCCAUAGGUUCUCUUCAUUGGAAGUAAUCCUAUUCGAGGCGUAUCAUGCCCUAAAUGUGGAUACCUCUCUCAGCGAGGAUUCGAAUCUAGACUCAUCAUGUUGUGGGAGUGGGAGUCUAGCCCCUUCUGCUAGAUUCAACUCCUGAUUGGUUUCCUUGAUUAAGUCAGAUCAAAUUUGUUUUUUCUAGGGUUUAGGGUUUAUGACUGUUUUUGUUAUUUGGAAAUAUGAGCACCAUUCCCCUCCUCUAUAGCAUGAACACCAAUUUAUCAAAAGCAUUGCAGCCACAAUACCAUUUUCUCACAACCUCUAUAAAAAUGAUAACAACACAAACUCACUCUCUUCAAAUUCCCAUCUACAAAAGAAAAAACAACAAUACAGAUUUAAUCACUCUCUCCAUUUUCCUCUGGUCCUCCAAACACCGUCAUCACCACUCACCUGAUUUCGAUCGAAUCAUCCCUGUCCUUCAUCGCCUCACUUACCGUUACAAAACCCCCCAAACCAUUCUCUCAAACUUAAAAUCUAUUGGUUCUUUAAAUUUUCCGAAGAAUAACAUAAACCCUAACCCUUUCUUACUCUUCUUGAGAAUUAUUCAUCGUGCAGGUAAUCACAACAUGCUCAUUGACACUUUUGACCACAUGGUACAAUCUCAUGGUUUUGUUCCAGAUACUUUUGCUUGUAAUUUACUUAUGGAUUCUCUAUUUAGAACUUCGCGAUCCCAAAUUGCUUUUUCCGUUUUCAAACACACGAAUUCCCCUAAUUUCUUCACUUUCAACAUUGCAAUUUUCCAUCUUUCCAAUUUAAAUUACUUCACUGAUGUUGUAAAUGUUCUUAGACAAAUGUUGAGGACGGGUUAUUAUCCUAAUGUUGUUACAUUUAACGCAAUUUUGAAUUCGUUUUGUAAAGUGAAUGCGUUGUCCCAAGCUUAUCAGCUUUUGGGUCUCAUGGUUGGUUUAGGGAUUGAAUUGUCUGUCAAUGUUUGGACUGUAAUUAUUCAUACGUGCUGUAAAUUGCGUAGACUCAAUGUUGCUAUUGAUUUGUUCUACAACAUGAUUCGAACCGGUUGUUCUCCUAGUGUUGUCACAUAUACUGCUUUAAUUAAGGCGUUUAUGGAAUCCAACAUGGUGAAUGAUGCGUUGCAUUUGUUGAAUGACAUGCUUUCUGAUGGUUUGGUUCCUGAUUUAGUUCUUUAUAAUGUGUUAAUUGAUUGUCUUUCGAAGGUUGGAAGGUAUGAGGAUGCAAUUCAAGCUUUUCUAUGCUUGUCAGAACAAAAAAACAUUAAGCCUGAUUCUUGUACCUUUACUUCAUUGCUAUCUACAAUCUGUCUGUCUAGACGGUUUUGUCUCUUACCCAAAAUAGUUCAAGUUUGCAGACAUAUGGAUAGUGAUUUAGUGUUCUGCAAUGCUCUUUUAAGCUCUUAUGUUAAGGCUGGGUGUCCUUCUCGUGCUCUUGGGCUCUAUAAGCAUAUGAUUGAUGAAGGUUUAAAGCCAGAUAAAUAUAGUGUUGUUGGGCUACUAAGUGCACUUUGUGCUAAGAAAAGAAUUAAUGAAGCAGUUAAUGUGUAUCGUGGUGUUGUUAUGAAGGCUGAUGCUCACAUCCAUACUGUGAUAACAACUGAGCUUAUAAAGACUGGUAAAUAUCACAUGGCUGCUGGUCUUUUUAGAUUAGCAGCAAUCAAGAAAUAUCCGCUUGACAGUGUAGCAUUUGCUGUUGUCAUCAGUGCACUUCUUAGAAGUGGACAGACUCUAGAGGCCAAAGUAUUGUACGACCAGAUGAAGGAUAAUGGUCUGGAGCCUAAUGCUCAGAUAUUUAAUAUGAUGCUUUUCUGUUGGUGUAAAGAAAAAGAUCUUCAAAUGAUUAAACAGUUGCUGAAAGAGAUGAUUGAUUCAAGGAUAGAGCUGAGUGACAGAAAUUUCUUCAACUUGUGUAAAUUUCCAUGUAGUUUGUAUUUCUUGGCUGAGAUGAGAGAUUUGGGCUUAUUAUCUGCCAAGAUAUUGCACUCCUUAAGCUUUGACAGGCAUGCUGAAAGUGUAAAAGAAAAAUAUAAAUAUUGUGCUGAAGUUGAUAAAGAAUGGAACCAAGUUCUGGAUUCAUCCAGUUCUGAAGAUAUGUCUGAUGUAGCUGUGUCAGUUUGUUGAGUUCUUAUGGUCAAUACUAUGGUGUGGCAACCUUCAGAUUGAAGGGUUCAUUCAAUUCCUAUAUCAUGAAACUCGGCAAUCUAUCCACAAACUGAUUGCACAAAUUGGUUUAGUGGUGACUGAUUUCAAGGACAUAUUUGAUCGAACUCUAGAGUUGAUUGUACAUAUCAUGGUCUCUCUAUGAGGAAGGAACGAUCUUAUCCCAUGAGUGUUUGCCUGCUUUUUGUUUAAUCCAGCAUGCCAACAACUUGCUGCUUACAUGCUGUCGUGACCUCUUGUAGAUUGUUUGCAUUCAAUACAGGAUGGGGAAAGACUGCUUCUGUGUCACACUGCUCCUAGAUGGCAUCACAAGACUUUCUAUAUUGUCUUCUUCAUUGGCAUCUUACACUUGCAGAUAGGAUAGAUUGAUGCUCUCUGGACAGUCAUUUUUUGUCUGUAUUUCUGGAUUCAUUUGCAGACCUUCGCUCAUUUGGGUGGUUCAUGUCCAACGUAAACUUCUUUUCUGCACAAAACACUUCUUGUGUUUUCAAAUUUUCGGGCAGCAAGGGAAGCCUGUUUUCUUCAUUUUUGACAGUUCAUGUUCUGAUGGAAUCAAUGUUACAGUAGGAGCAUCUGUCUAAUGAGUUCAAAAUAUCGAAGUUCAAGCCACUUCAAGUUCAAGCAUCGAAGCAACUCUUUUCAUUCCACUAGGCGUUUGCCGGAGGUAGAGAAAAGAACAUCGCUUGCCGUCGGAGAGCCACUCUCUCUUCACUGAUACUAUAUUUUUUUGGGGUUUUCAUUUUGGUUUAGUAGUUCAAAUCCUCAGUUUUGCAGGUUUUUUGUGUGGUGAAAAUCAGUUGGUUACUCUUGGUUUCAAAUUUAAUUUUUUUUUUCCUGUCAGUUUGUAAACCUGUGUGUUUAAAAGCGUUUUAGUUUGCUUUGUGAUUAUUCUAUAUUGGACAUGCUUUUGUUCUUAACUAUGUGUUUCUGUGUAUAUUAAACUGUAAUGAUGUUUCUUUGUUUAUUUGCAAUAAGUUAUGCAGGUUGACCCUUGAAGCUUCUUUAUUC